AUGUACCCUCAUCAACCCCUUCCUCAUGGGAAUGAUCAAAAGCAAAUUCAAGAAUCCAGGGAUCAAGAUGAGGAAAAUGAAUCUUCUGAAGAUCAAGAGAGAACAAGUGAAGUUUUUUCAGAUCAACACAGAGAUGUAGAAGCGUACUCAGAUCGAUCCAUUACUGAUGCAGUAUCCUUAGAUAAGUCAGAAGAUAGUAUUGAGUACCUAGAAUUAAGUGCAGAAAUUGCAAAGAAUGUCUGUAAGGCAGCUUAUCAUGAAUUCAUGAGAAUCGCUAUGAGAGAGAGGAGUUGGUUGCCUGGCAACCCUGCAGAAGGUUUUCUUCCUGGGGAUACUGAUAUUAGCGAGUUCCGAACACGUACACCUGCUGGAAGAAAGACUGAAGUCUCUACUGCAAGUGCAAUUAUUCCAAUUCCUGCAUCUGAAAUGGCCUCCAUGAUGAUGGAUGUGAAUCAAUGGGCUAAUUUAUUUGUCCAAAUUGUCUACUGGGGAGCUGGCUAUGACUGCACUCAUGUUCUUCAACGUAUGAGAGAAGAUGAUAAUUCAAUCCAGCGCUUAGUGGAGAUUACGCCAAGUUCUUAUGCCAUUAUUGAUGUUUCAAUCUAUUAUAUUGAUCCAACUUCGAGAACCGAUAGUUUGAGGAAACCAUCAGGGGUAGUAAUCAGGGAGCAUGACCAAGAUAGUUGUGAGAUUGUUUGGGUUGAAAAUGUGGAGGUGGAUGAAGUGAGUGAAAACAUCUACUCUUCAGUAAUAAACUCAAAUUUGGCAUUCUGUGCACAGCGUUGGAUUAGUACGUUGCUACGGAUUUUGCAGCGUGAAAAUGGCGUACUUGUUCAUGAUAGCGAUUUGGUUGUGCAUGAUUCAGGUCAUGAUUCUGUGUUGGCUUUAACACAAUCCAUGAAGCGCUUCUUUAUGAGAUGUGUUGCUGACAGGCUUGAUCCAGCUGUUUUAACUGAUAUUAGUAAAAAGAAGAAACUGAAGAUCUUAGUUAACGAAGAAUCUCAAGGUAGAUAUGCUUACAUUGGCACAACUAGUUUCCACGUCAAAGCAAAACCACUCUCAGUUUUUCAAUUUCUAAAGGGGAGGAAUUUACAGUUACAGUUGCUUCGAUUCCCAAAUUCUUGGGAGCUUCAGCGGGUGUACCACUUUGUGACAAUAGAUCGCAGUAAUAGCAUUACUCUACACAGGACGACCGGAGAGCCUCAUUAUUACUGCUUGCAAGAAGCCACAGUGGACGAAUACUGCAGCUUUAUCAUAUCCAGACCAAUGAGCCAACAAAAAGUACAGCGUCAUAUUAGUUCAGGAGUUGAUAGUGGUUUUGAAGCAGGGACGAAACUAGAUGUCGACGCUUCAGGUUUUGCCAUUAUGCCUGACGGUCCAGGGGGCCUUGAAUCCAAUGGUUCUCUUAUAACCUUUGUCAUGCAACUGCUAUAUGAUCCUGAAAGACCUCGUUUACCCAGUCGAUUUGAAAUUGAAAACGAUGCUUUCCAUGAAUGGGUUGGCAUCAUAAAUGACAUCAGGGAAAACAUUGUUAAUAGAAAUGCCUGA